AUUCUCUGUUUCCUCUGCUUCAACAAAGUGAACAAAUUUAUCGAACAUAAAUUACUACAUAGCGUCAUAAGCGAAAUAAGCGUCAUAAGCGAAAUAAGCGCAGUAGCCUGGACUCUGACUGAGUCUCUUCUCGGUGUUUUUGUUCUUUCUCCUUUAAGCUGACAUAUAUCUGCCUACAGCGAUACAGGCCGUAAAUAAGCUUCGGCGCGGAAGCGGCACGGAGCGAUCGGUGAACCACUUCAGCCCAGCGUACUGCCUUCUGCCGGACAAUAACAAAAUCCAGGAUGUUGGGCACAAGCAGGGACAGGAGAGGCCUGUCGAGGGAUAAGGUGGACAUCGAGUCGAUGGAGCAAGAGAAUGAUAGGGAGCUGGACCACCUUGCGGACCGCGUGGCUCUGCUGAAGAAUGUAACACACGGGAUCAACAAGGAGGUAAACGACCAGCACAAGCUGCUUGAGAACAUGGACGGGAGCUUCGCGUCAGUUGGUGGGUUAAUGUCGGCAGUCACGGACAAGUUCCGAGCGGUGUACAACGACAAGGCGAACAAGCGGCUCAUCUACGGCGCUGUUGCUGUUGCAGCAGGCCUCUUCCUUGUGUGGUACUUCAUGCUGCGCUAAGAAUUUCCGUAAUGUGAGGUGCUUUGCGGAAACCGGGCUGACGGGUGGGUUGUGGGAGGGACUACCGGGCGAGCGCCAUACACGGCCAGUUUGCCACAUAGCAACCGGCCUAACAUCACUGUGGUGUGGCGUGGGUGGGUUGGCUGCCUAGCAGCAUCGGCACGUCAAGUGCAGGGCCUGCAAGCUUCCCAAGUGUACCCCUAGUUGCAAAGGAAGAUGAUGGUGUACAGGCACGCUGUAUGAUAUACGGUAAAUGACUGUUUUGUUACGAGUGGGACCUGCUGACGAAGUUUACAAUAUAGCAAGGCGCACAGGGUGUUCGGUACACGCGCGAUAGAAGCACGGCGUUUGACAGAAGCACGGUAUGUGCGCGGGGGAUCGGCCGUGGCAUAGACUGCAGCACGCAGUGCAACCAUGCAGUACAACCCUGGUAAAGUCCAUGCAUUGAUGGACCGGGCUGUCCUUUGUUGUAAGGUCGCAUUCGA